AUGAGGGCUGUCUUGAAAAGUUCCAAAGCUCGAAGCUUUUGCAUGAUCUCGGUAGCCUCACUCGUGUCCAUUGUCUUAGCUCUGCUCUUAGCUAGAGAUUUACUAUUUGACAGGGAAGGUAAAAGAGACAGCAAUACUAAAUGGACGGUUUUAUCGAAAGGAAACACAACAGUGAUCACAUCUCGGAAGCUGCUGCUAUCAGAUGAUGGGGAGACAAAGCGUGUAGGCACAGCAGAUUGUUCAAAUGAUGACAUAGUGAUAUAUCAAGGGGAAGUGCCUCCUCUUCCAAACGGGAUUCCUUCAUACGCAGUUCAGAUCAUGAACAUGUGUCCAAGUGAUGAUUGUGAAAUUGCAGAUAUACGAGUUCAUUGUGGAUGGUUCAGCUCAGCUCGUUUGAUAAACCCAAGUGUGUUUCGGAGACUUGAUUACGAUGAUUGUCUUGUGAAUGAUGGACAACCACUUGGUCCUGGAAGAACUAUCUCGUUUGAGUAUGCCAACACUUUCCGCUAUGAUCUCUCUGUUUCAUCUGUUGUUUGCCUCUCAUGA